AUGGAUUUAAUUACUUUCUCCCAGAUGAAAAUUGGGUUACAUAGGAACUUCCUGAAUCAUUAUUUUGAACCCCCCCUCCCCCAACACUCAAUCUCUCCCGAGAUUGGAGUCCAUGGGUUGCCCAACGACAAUUUCUCCCGCUCAGGAAAUGGAGGUGUCAAUUUGUGCCGCUUGUCAGCUGGAGUUGAUCUAAAUGAACCUGCAAGUUCAAAUUGGACCAGCACCACCAGCAUAAAGUUUGAGCAUGUCCGACCAAUUAAUGAUGAUGGCCACUUCUUCAUAAGCAGAGACCUUGACGGUGGCACAUCACACGAUAGUAUGGUAGUUCUGAAGCAGGAAUCACAUUAUGUGAAUGCCAAUGAUCAUAGUUUCUCGCAAUUGAAACUUCAAAUGGAACAAGGUAUUCCUGUUCUAUCCAAGUGGCUGAUCUUUGACCGAUUCAAAUUUGUCACAUUAAAGGAGGUUAAACAUGGGCCUGCAUUUUUCUUGGCAAGCCUGACAGGUGGUUCCAUUGUAGGGGGCAUGGCACCUUACCAAGCAUUUGCAAUUGGCGGUCUUGGUAGUGUUCGAGGAUAUCGUGAGGGUGUUGUAGGAUCUGGGAGAUCGUGUCUCAUCGUGAACAAUGAAUUAACAUUCCCUUUGGUAAAAGCUGGGAUUGGAGUUGGAUUCAGAUAUGGUCUUCGGUUAAAGUCUAACUUGGGUCAGUUUCAGGUUGAUUAUGCCAUAAAUGCCUUUCAUCAAAAGACUGUCUACUUUGGCAUCAGCAAUGUUGUGGGAUGAAGGUUACAUUGUGCCAAUAAGAUGUAUGCUUCAUAUUGAAUUUUCGUGGUCCAUUGAAUGAAAAUGUCAUCAAGGACAAUCAUAUGUGAAACAGUUCUUUGAGGAAUGACUUACAGGGAUUGAAACCCUUAUACCUCGAGGGUUUGGUUCUAUGUCACAGCACUUGUGCCAUCAAAUUUGAGUAAAUAUUACUAUAGAAUGGUUUCAAUUUUCUCCAAGGAAGGAUUGAAGACUUGUCAACUAUGUGGCACUUUUCUAGAAAACACAUCUAGAAUUUUGUCACUUGAUGGCCAAGUUAGCUGCCCUUGGUUUGGAUAUUGAAGCCCAACCAGCCAUUGAAGCA